AUGAAGGUGAAACCAGUUAGAGUUGAGAAAUGGAAGCCUUCGGAUAGUGGUUGCCUCAAGACUAACUUUGAUGGGGCAGUCUUUGCAGACUCGGGUGAAGCUAGGAUUGGGGUGGUUAUUAGGGACUCUCGGGGUCAGGUCUUGGCCUCACUCUCUGAGAGAAUCCCAAACCCCUCCUCUGUUGCUGUUCUGGAUUUGCUGGCAGCGAGGCAUGCUAUCACGUUAGUUAAGGAGCUUGGUCUGGAUGGUAUUGUCUUAGAAGGCAAUUCAGAAAUUAUCAAUGCUCUCGAGAAUGGUGAUAUGUUCAACUCAACAUAUGGACACCUCCUCAUUAACAUUCUGUCUCUUUUAGACUCUUUGAAGAGUUAG